AUGAGUAAAACGACGGGAAAUAUUUCAGUCACUGCCAAUUCACACAUUUUUGUGGAUCUCUUACGUUUCAGAUCUCGUUCAGAUGUGGAAACCAAUGUCAAUGGAAUGAUUACCAAAUAUUCAACCCUGUCCUUCCAAAGUAGAGAAACCACUAUUAAUUUUAACUUGAUCGACAAUGAAUGUCGAUGCACCAUUCAGAACCACACUUCUUUAGAAAGAGCAUGCGUUCAAAAAUCCAAUGUCCUGCAACAAGACACGAUUUUGGAUUUAGAUGCUUCAAAAAUUCAAUGGAAAUACAGCAAUGGUGAAAGUGGUUGGGUUAUUCGAAGUCAGAAAAUGCCUCAAGACGAAUGUUUUCCCUUAAGUGUUUCACACAAUGAUGGAUCAGGUCUUGUCGAAGAGUUCUUCAAUAUGAAAUCCAGUGUGGAUGAAAGUGUUUUUAACAUUCCAUCCAUCUGUCCUCCGGUGAGCGCAUCAAACGAGUCGGAACCUACUUCAACAACUCAAAAUCAUCAAACCUUGUUGAUUGAUAUUGAAGAUUUGCGGGCCACUCCAACCGAGCAGAGCUAUUUUGAAGAAUUGAACGGAGUUAUUGAAAGGCUUGAUGUUUUGACUCACAAGUUGUCGGCUACUACUAUGAACAAAAUGUUCAAGAUGGAAGAUGAUUCAAUGAAAUUAACAAAAAUUGCUGGUCAUGUGGUUCCCAAAGAAUUGUGGGAUGUUGUGAAUGCUUUGUUGCGAAGGACGUUUUUAAAUAUUCAUUCCUUUUCAAAUUUUGACAAGGCAGGUCAAGACUUGGAGAAAUUAAAAACUAUAUCCGAUCAAUUGGAGUUGCUUGUCAUUGUCAAUACAAGUGGUGAAAAACCAGAAAAUGAAGAGGAGAGCGAAAAACAAAUGGUUGACAGAUUGAAAGGAAUAAUUGUUUUAUUGGAGAAAGAAAAUGAAGUUUAUAUCAUUACAAACAAACUCCUCGACUUACAAAGACAAAGUUUUGAAGUACCUGUUCCCUCAAAUGAAGACAACUCAGAAAAUCCUUUGGAAAAUCAAAUUUUGAAAGAGGCAAACAAAAACCAAGAAGUACAAACUGCUGAGAGAAUUGAUGAAAUCAGAACAAGUGUGUUAGAAUUACUUGAGCGAAGAUAUUCCAUUUACAAAGAAUUUGGUAAUGCUAAGGAAGCACAUACUGAUUUGUGCAAUGCAAUUGAACUAUUGGAAGAUGAUAUCAAGAAGUUAGGUGAAGAAAACAGCAACUCGGAAAAAAUUGCACAGAAAAAGGAAUGGGUUGCUCGUUUAUUAGUCGAUCGAGCUGAACUCUAUUUUACAUUCAUUCAUUCCUUGUAUCAAGGGCCACAAGUUGAGCAAGUGUUAAGUAAGGAUCUCUCACAAAAACAACGAGCUGCAAUCGUGUUGGACGAUAUCAAUAGCAAGCUUACACAGCUGGCUGAACUAUUAGGAGCGGAGGAGGUGCAGAAUGACGCUGCUGGAGGAUCCCAAAAACAGAUUUCCAUGAUUACUGCUGCUAAAUAUCAAGCCGAAGCUGAUGAAAGAAUGAAGAAAGAUCUUAAAAUGGCAAAAGAAUACGACCCAAACAUUGGAGCACAUCAUAACUCCUACAAUACUAUUCAAGAUUUCCUGAAAGAAAUUGGAGACAAGAGAAAGAGGGCUGGCUUGAUUUUGAGGUUAUUAAUAAUUGCAUUUGUUGGUCUUCUAAUUCAAAACAUGUAUCAAGCAUAUACGGAAAGAAAAAAGGAGGGAUCAGCAAGCCAAAAACAAUGA